GAAGACUAGACGGUCUGAUAUAUUUACUCGAAAGUACGAACAUCUAAGGACGCACUUCUUACGGGCGUAUGAUUACAUAAAAGAUUACUGGAUUGCCACGAAGUCAAUGUGGGCUCGCUGUUACCGGCGACAUGUAUUAAGCCUGGGCAACCACACAAACAACCGUGUCGAAAGUGCUCAGAAGAGGUGAUUCCCUGCUAUUGACGUUCUGGAAAAUUUGGAGUAAAACAGACAUUGACCUACGUUUGCGUCCUUAUGACUCUGUGAAGAAGCUUCAACGUUUUCCAAUUCUUCAGGUUCCAAUGUCAUUUCGAACUCUUCUAAACGAGUUCACAUCUUUUGCAGCUAAAAUUGUAGCUGUAAAUUAUAAACGUGUUCGGACAAUGAGACACGAAUUUAUAGAAGGAGAAUACAUCCGGUGCUACGACAAGGGUAUGAUGUAUGUCGUUGAUACUUCACGUGCACGAUGUGCUUGUGAGCGUUUCAGUGACUACAUGCUGCCCUGUGGUCAUAUUUUGUAUGCACAUUCUAAAGAUCUGAUUCGUGGAGACUUAUUUCGACAUAGCAACCGGUGGACAAGAAAAUACAUCAUGGACCUGGUUCUUCGUGCGCUGGACAACAUCUCAAUCUCUACAGGGAGUGAUGAUCUGCUAGAGAAGUUCACUAGCAACUACCACUCAAUCCAUGCGCUUAGUGAACCUUUGGCAAGUAAACUCAUCCAUUCAUGCCUCCAAGCAUCGGAAGACAUAUGCGCACAAUUGAUGAGUUCAGUCGGUGCUAAUGAUGAAGCUACAACGUCAGAAUCCAUUGUUAAUACAGACCAUAGCUAUGCUUCUUGCUAACAAGAAGUUCUAAUAUUGUAAUCUUUUUAGUUUUACAUAAAUUCAUUUAUAUGGC